CGCUCUGCCGCCCUGCACACAAAGGUGCUAAUUCGCACCUCUAAAAACGAGCUACCGAAGCGACAUUGCCAUUCGCGCUUGAUUAAUUGACCUUCUGCUGUGCGAAAGAGGUCGAGGAUUAGGCUUCAGCCUUGAUGCGAAAAUCUGAGAUUUGUUCUAACCUGUAGCCCUUGCAAAACAAGGCCUCGAACACAGUAAAACCGGCUCCUGUUUUUUGAUAUUGUCUCUCUUUCCCUUCCAAUCUCCAUUGACAAUACUGUAAUGGCGCGCAGCAUGGCGGCCCUGGCAGUCCUCUUCAUCGUGUGCCUAUUUGUCUGCGCCAUCAGUGCUGUUGCCUCCUCCUGUGUGCCCAAUGAGCCCCACGUCGACUGUAAUUUCCAUGGCCUUUUUUCCCCAAAGUGGAGUGGACUCUCAGCGAGGGCUAGCAAGCUGAGCACGGAGUGGAGAGCCGCAGUUUCCGCCACCCCGGCAUACUCUGAAGGCCGGCUUGCUGGCAAGGGUGUGGUCAUCACUGCCACCAAGUUGGAUUUGGUCAAUGUGCCUGUGCUACUGGACAUCUUACAAUCUGAGGGCUGCAAACUCCCAGUAGAGAUUUGGUACUCUGGCGAGGUCCCCACUUCCCACAUCGAAGUUCUGGCCGCCUCCUACUCCAACAAGUUAGUCAUCAAGAACGUCGCCAACUAUGCCCGGGAGGGGGACCUUCAGGCGAUUACUACUAGCCAGGGGGAGCACACCUUCCAGGUUAAGCCUCUUGCUAUCAUCAACUCCGACUUUGAAGAAGUGAUCUUCCUGGAUGCGGACAACGUCCCCAUGUCCAACCCCACCACCCUGUUCGACUCCGCUGAAUACCAGAAGACAGGGGCCCUCUUCUGGCCUGACUUCUGGCAGACGGCGACCGAGAAUCCCAUCUGGCCCAUCCUGGGGGUCGCUCCCCAGGGCUGGGAGCAGGAGUCUGGCCAGAUGGUCAUCAGCAAGAAGAAGGCUUGGGCUGCCCUUAACCUGGCAUUCUUCCUUGCCAAGGACUCAUCAUUCCAGCAGAUGGUAAAUGGAGAUAAGGAGGCCUUCCGCCUAGCCUUCCUGGCCACUGGCACCUCGUUUCACAUGGUUGAGACCCCCGUUGCAUCCACUGGCUCCCUCAAGGACGGCUCCUUCUGCGGGCACACCAUGGUCCAGCAUGACGUCCGGGGAGCACCCCUCUUCCUUCACCACACAUCCCUCAAGCAUGGAGCGGCCCUGACCUGGGAGGUGCUGAAGGCUGUUCCAUACUUGUACAGCAGCUUCACCGUUGUGCCCCUGGCACAAAUGGUCAUCAAUGGAACAGUGUUUGGCUGCCUGGACCUGGUCGGGCCCGAUGUCGUCGUCACCCAUACUCCCUUCCCUAGUUUUGAGCAGGCCUACAAAGAUAGACUGACGAUGACUGACCCGUACCUGAAAGAGGCUUCCCAGAUGGAGUUCGAGUCAAUCUUGAACGAGCAGAGCAGACGAAUGCUUGUUAACAAUGCCACCAGCACCCCGACCCCGACCCCCAAUCCAACCGCAACGACAACAGCGACCCCAACCCCAAAACCCACCGCAACGCCGACCACCACUCCCACAGCGACGCCGACGCCCAAGCCGACCUCCACUCCCACAGCCACGCC